AUGCAGAUGAUACAGUCUUUAAAGCGCAAAUUUUCCACCGUGUUUCAAACGACCCUUGGCCACUGCACAAAAUUCAAGGCAUCAUUAACGUUGCGUCCAGGAACAACACCUGUUUUUAGACCUAAGCGUCCCGUACCUUACGCCGCUAUUCAACCACUUGAGCAAGAACUUGACCGCUUACAGCAGGCUGGUGUCAUUACUCCUGUAAACUAUUCUGCAUGGGCAGCACCCAUUGUCGUCGUAAAGAAACCAAACAAACAACUACGCAUCUGCGCUGAUUUUUCGACUGGCCUUAACGCAGCCCUUGACAACCAUCAAUAUCCCCUUCCAGUGCCAGAGGAUAUUUUUGCCAAAUUAAACGGGGGCACAUGUUUCGCUAACCUAGAUCUGUCUGACGUCUACCUCCAGGUCGAGGUAGCAGAGGAUUCUCGUGAACUACUUACGAUAAACACUCAUCGUGGUUUGCUCCAGUAUAAUCGCUUACCAUUUGGUGUAAAAUCGGCCCCAUCCAUUUUUCAGCAGUUAAUGGACACUACGUUGGCAGGUAUCACUGGAGCAGCAGCUUAUCUGGAUGAUAUAAUUGUUAUGGGUCACACUCAGUCAGACCUACUAAACACGCUAGAUAAUGUGCUUACCCGAAUACAGGAACAUGGCUUCUACCUACGCGAGGACAAGUGUGAUUUCUUUUUAAGCGCAAUGAAAUUCCUCGGUUUUAUCCUUGACAAAAAUGGUAGACGUCCGGAUCCGGAAAAUACCAACGAGAUCCGCAACAUGCCUCCACCGUCGGAUAUGUCCUCUCUCCGUUCGUUCUUAGGACUCGUCAGCCAUUAUAGUUCAUUUUUGCCAGACAUGCAUCGCCUACGUGCACCACUAAAGCAAUUACGGACCAAAAGUUCUACGUGGAAGUGGUCAUCAGAAUGUGAAGUUAGUUUCAAUGAGAUUAAGUCAUUGCUAACCUCGGAUCUCUUAUUGACACAUUACGAUCCUUCUCGGGACAUCGUUGUAGCCUCAGAUGCAUCUGAUAAAGGAAUGGGUGCGGUCAUAUCCCAUGUUUAUGCAGACGGUUCUCAAAAGGCUAUUGCACAUGCUGCUAGAUCUCUCACAACCGCUGAAAAGAACUAUAGCCAAAUUGAAAAAGAGGCUUUGGCUAUCAUAUACGCUGUAAAGAAAUUUCACAAGAUGCUUUACGGCCGUCGUUUCACGUUGUUAACUGAUCACAAACCACUACUAACCAUUUUCGGCUCCAAAAAAGGAAUUCCAGUGUACACAGCUAACCGCUUGCAGCGCUGGGCACUGACACUGUUAGCCUAUGACUUCGACAUAAGUUAUCAGUCAACUACCAGUAUUGGUCAGGCAGACGCUUUGUCGCGACUUAUAGGACCUCACAAACAGAAUCAGGAAGAUACGGUGAUUGCAUCUGUAGAAGCGGAAUCGGACAUUGCGUUCAUUAUAAAUGACGUGUCAAACAAUCUUCCGGUUACCUCAGAUGCGGUUCGUCAUGCGACUCUCCAAGAUCCCUUACUUAAACAAGUUGCCUAUUUCCAGAGAUCGAAGUGGCCAACCACAUGUAAAUCAGCUGAACUUCAACAGUUCUACCAGCGAAGUCACUCUUUGUCCAUCGUGAACGAUUGUAUUCUUUUUGCAGACAGGGUUGUUAUUCCUAAGAUCCUGCAAACGAAGGUGCUACGACAAUUUCAUACUGGUCACCCUGAAAUAAACCGAAUGAAAGCACUAGCACGCAGCUUUGUCUACUGGCCUUUCAUGGAUAAACAAUUAGAAGAGUUAGCAAAGAGCUGCAAUAAAUGUGCAGUUGCAGCAAAAGCACCACAAAAAGAAGCAAUCCACCCUUGGCCAACACCUGACAAACCGUGGACUCGUGUGCAUGUAGAUUUUGCCGGACCCGUUAAUGGUAACAAUGUUCUAGUAGUUGUCGACUCAUACAGCAAAUGGCCCGAGGUGUUUCUGAUGCAAAACACAACAGCGGGAGCCACUGUUUCGAAAUUAAGACAAUUAUUCAGCCAGUUUGGCUACCCAGAAACCCUGGUGAGUGAUAAUGGUACACAAUUCACUUCAGCAUGUUUCUCCAACUUUUGUAAAAAUUGUGCAAUCAAUCACAUCAGACACUGA